AUGAAAGCAAACUUUCUCUAUUCCUAAACUGAAGAAGGACAGAAAUGCAAUGACUCCAGAAGCCAAAUCCUCUGUCUUUUGUGUAAGCGCAUGACUGCAGUGUGUCUGUGUUGGUGUGUGAGUGUGUGUGUGUGCGCGUUUGUGACCUGUGGCCUGCGUAGUCUGUGUGCUGUGUUAGUGAGGUAAAGAUUAGGCAACAGCGUAAUGGAGGGAGAGGAGAGGAAAGGAGAAGCAGGGCCCGGCCCUGGGCGUCUGUCUGCUCUCCAGGAGCAGCUGAUCUGGGCUCUGCUGAGCUCUGGACUGUCCCGGGAGGUCCUGGUCCAUGCCCUGGGAGAACUGGAGCGAGAGAGGGUCACCCCUGGAGCAGAGAAGGGGGACAGGGGGGAUGGCGAGAGUUCGGAGGAGGGAGAAAUUGAUUUUCCACCCCCCAUAUUCCAGGAGCUGGAGGCACUAGCCCCAGAGGAGGCAGCCAGACAGAGGGCUCUGGUCGACCAACUGCUUCAGUAAGUAGCUUCCAAAUGUCUGCCAUCCACCCUAUCCUCCCCUUAACAUACACAUACAUGUACAGUACAUCAAUCUAUUCCUUUUAUCAAAGCUCAAAUAUUAAUACACACACCCAUACAACAACAAAAUAGCCAAAUCCCUUUGCUGUGCUAUUAUUCUCUCACUUUAUAAAAAUAAUGUCCAACUCAUUUGUAAAAAAAUAUAUUGGAAAACAAAUACGUUUUAGUGGUUACUUGAUUCUGUUUUCCAUUCUCUUUCUUUUCUGCUAUCUUUUCCUGUUGUUUUCUGACCAAUGAAAGGUUCCAGAGUACAAACAAUUGACGGUUUUACCUGGUAGCAUCCUUUCUACUCCAUUUCUUCGUCUUCCUCAAAUUUAGUCCCCCUCUCCCCCUUCCUCCCUCGUUCUCCCUCUCCCUCUGUGAGAUCUCUCUCAGCCUCUGAGGUGAAUUUAAAGGAGGGUUCCUCCUUUCCUAGUUACUAAUUACCCACCCCAUCAUUAUUCUCUGUCCAUUUAAUGAAUGAACUACAUGCAUGGGUUAAGAUUAACAGAAAUGUGCUGUGUGUGUGUGUGUGUGUGUGUGUUAGAACAGAUUGAGUGAAUAUUUACUACUGCUUGGAAAAGCCCAUUUAAUUUUACCACAUUUAAAACUACAACAAAUAUCUCAAAUCAAAUCAAAUUUUAUUGGUCACAUGCGCCGAAUACAACAGGUGCAGACAUUACAGUGAAAUGCUUACUUACAGCCCUUAACCAACAGUGCAUUUAUUUUUAACAAAAAAAAAGUAAAAAUAAAACAACAAGAUUAUGGUUUAACUGCUCAUUGUAUAUAACUAAAAGUUGGCAAUUUUACAACACCUAGCAUGAACACACAACUUUACCAACCAUGCCUUAGUAUAAAAAUGCAUCAAACAAAAAGCUUUUGUAUGUUAACAUACAUUAUACCUAUGUUAUGUACUAUUGCUAGCCGUUAAGGUUUGUGUUGCAGCAAGUAGGCCAUCCAUAUAAUGUUUAUGGGUUUUAUUUCCAGUGACCAGAGAGAGCUGGACUUUGCCCUGCUGUGCUUCCCCUUAUCUCUUAUUGUCAACAUCCCUCUCUCCCUCCCCCUCCCCCUCCCUCUCUUUAUGCACAUGUGUUUUGCCUGUGUCUGUGUAUUUGUCUGUGUGUGAUAGGGAGGAUCCAUGGCGCGUGGCAAAAGUGGUGAAGAGCUACAUGCAGCAGCAUAACCUCCCCCAGAGAGAGGUGGUAGAGUCCACAGGCCUCAACCAGUCCCAUCUCUCCCAGCACCUCAACAAAGGCACGCCCAUGAAGAACCAGAAACGGGCUGCUUUGUACAGCUGGUACGUCAGGAAGCAGGGCGAGAUUAGCCAGCGUGAGUAUUUGACCAGCUGAUGAGCUGACCCUGCCUGUACUGCACAACAGUAUGACAUUACAGUCUGGACUCUAUAAGUGUAACAUUUAUAUUAGGUGAAAUCAUGACUACCUCAUUCAUUAAUAUUCACAAUAAAUUACCAUAAAUCUAUUCGAUUCCGGGCAUUGGGAGCUCUUACACAAGACUGAAUCUCAGGAUGCAAAGAACAAUUAUGUCAACGGAUCUUCCUUACUCUUCUUUCUCGUUCUAUGUCCUUCCUUAUAUCCACUUUCUGGCUAAUUUUCAAAUAGCUUUGACGUUUGCAAACCUUCCAUUUCAAACAUGUAAGGAAACUGUGGUCUCCUGCUGUGUUUUCCUAAUGAUAGCGAAAUCACAAUACCUGUACCCCAAUCCUUAGACUGGUAAACCCAUCAUGAUAAAUGAUUCAAUACGUCUGUCUGAUGUAAACAACUAUGGGGGCCCACUGGUCACUGGGAGUUAAAUAUAGACAUGUAAGGUAACAUGAUACUGUCCACUUUCACAUUCCAUGUGUAGAGAGACACACAAUCUGCAUGUCCUAUGCACAUUUUACCACACACACAUGCACUUAUGUGUUGCAUUACAAAUGAUCUCAAACUCUAAUAUAAAACAUACAUUCCUGUGAAUUAGCCUUAUUUUUGAAAAUAUAUACAGUACCAGUCAAAAGUUUGGACACCUACUCAUUCAAGGGUUUUUCUUAAUUUUUACUAUGUUCUACAGUUGUAGAAUAAUAGUGAAGACAUCACAAAUAUGAAAUAACACAUAUGGAAUCAUGUAGUAACCAAAAAAAGUGUUAAACAAAUCUAAAUAUAUUUUAGAUUCUUCAAAGUAGCCACCCUUUGCCUUGAUGACAGCUUUGCACACUCUUGGCAUUCUCUCAACCAUUUAUUUCCUUCUUAAUGUGUUUGAGCCAAUCAGUUGUGUUGUGACAAGGUAGGGGUGGUAUACAGAAGAUAGCCCUAUUUGGUAAAAGACCAAGUCCAUAUUAUGGCAAGAACAGCACAAAUAAGCAAAGAGAAAUGACAGUCCAUCGUUACUUUAAGACAUGAAGGUCAGUCAAUACAGAACAUUUCAAGAACUUUGAAAGUUUCUUCAAGUGCAGUCGCAAAAACCAUCAAGCGCUAUGAUGAAACUGGCUCUCAUGAGGACCACCACAGGAAAGGAAGACCCAGAGUUACCUCUGCUGCAGAGGAUAAGUUCAUUAGAGUUACCAGCCUCAGAUUGCAGCCCAAAUAAAUGCUUCACAGAGUUCAAGUAACAGACACAUCUCAACAUCAACUGUUCAAAGGAAACUGCGUGAAUCAGGCCUUCAUGGUCGAAUUGCUGCAAAGAAACCACUACUAAAGGACACCAAUAAUAAGAAGAGACUUGCUUGGGCCAAGAAACACGAGCAAUGGACAUUAGACCGGUGGAAAUCUGUCCUUUGGUCUGAUGAGUCCAAAUUUGAGAUUUUUGGUUCCAACCUCUGUGUCUUUGUGAGACGCAGAGUAGGUGAACGGAUGAUCUCUGCAUGUGUGAUUCCCACCGUGAAGCAUGGAGGAGGAGGUGUGAUGGUGCUUUUCUGGUGACACAGUCAGUGAUUUAUUUAGAAUUCAAGGCACACUUAACCAGCAUGGCUACCACAGCAUUCUGCAGCGUUACACCAUUCCAUCUGGUUUGCGCUUAGUGGGACUAUCAUUUGUUUUUCAACAGGACAAUGACCCAAAACACACCUCCAGGCUGUGUAAGGGCUAUUUGACCAGGUAGUGUGAUGUAGUGCUGCAUCAGAUGACCUGGCCUCCACAAUCACCCAACCUCAACCCAAUUGAGAUGGUUUGGGAUGAGUUGGACCACAGAGUGAAGGAAAAGCAGCCAACAAGUGCUCAGCAUACGUGGGAACUCCUUCAAGACUGUUGGAAAAGCAUUCCUCAUGAAGCUGGUUGAGAGAAUGCCAAGAGUGUGCAAAGCUGUCAUCAAGGCAAAGGGUGGCUACUUUGAAGAAUCUCAAAUAUAAAAUAUAUUUCGAUUUAUUUAACACUUUAUGUGUUAUUUCUUAGUUUUGAUGUCUUCACUAUUAUUCUACAAUGUAGAAAAUAUUAUAAAUAAAGAAAAACCCUGGAAUGAGUAGGUGUGUCCAAACUUCUGACUGGUAGUGUACAUGUAACACAAUACUGUCUGAAUAAUGAAUUAUACUGAUAUUAUAACAACAUGGAUACUAUAACAAUACAAUUCAUAUUUAUCACAAACAUGCUUUCACUGACCACCCCAUGCAGAGUUUACUAAUGCCAGGCAUGCCCUUGGGUCUGGAGAGGAGCAGGGAGAGGACGUGAGGAAGGGACGUAGGAACAGGUUCAAAUGGGGACCCGCCUCCCAGGAAAUCCUCUUCCACGCCUAUGAACGACAGAGGAACCCAAGCAAAGAGGAGAGAGAGGGAUUAGUGGAGGAGUGUAACAGGUGAGAGAAAGGGGAGAGGUCAGAUAAAAACAAGAAAUGUUCCCAGUUCCAGUGCAAUGGAGGAACAGUCCCUGUCAUUUUAGCGUGUCCCCCCCUCUCCCUCAGGGCUGAGUGUCUCCAGAGGGGUGUGUCUCCGUCCCAGCUGGCUGGCCUGGGCUCUAACCUGGUGACAGAGGUACGAGUGUACAACUGGUUCGCUAACCGCCGCAAGGAGGAGGCCUUCCGCCAUAAGCUGGCUCUCGAUAUGCCUUACACCAGCCAAUCAGCAAGCUCCACCAACCACACUCUCUCACACAGCCCUUUGCAAGGUAACACUCACUAACAGCAAAGUGAAUCAAAAUAUUAUUUCAUUUAAUCCACAAAGAGCAUAAUGAACCAUUAGUGUUGUGCUCAGAUGUUGCGUAUGUAAGAUUUUCAGUGCCCUUAUACAGAGGAACAGAGCCAAGACUGACAGGGUGCAACAUUCCCUCCUCCCAGAACACCUGAUCCUAACUCAUCCUCUCUUCCAGGCAUGAAGUACAGCCAGCAAAUCACAUGUGACAGUCUGGGGUCAUCGAGGGGUCACAAUGGAGACCGAGGCAUGGGGGUCCGCCUGGCCAGCCCCAUUCAACUGGAGCCCAGCCACACACUCCUGGAAACACACCAUCACAAACCAGUGAGAUCACCUACCAUUAUAUUAUCAUUAACCAUAUCUCACCUCGACACACAUUGUCACAAUCCAUAUUACACAAUCACAAACCAGUGAGAUGGGAUCACAAACAACCUCUCAUUGUCACAAACCAAAGAUCAGCAACUAUGAUCACAUAAUCCCAAUACACAUCAUCACCACAAUACAGAGAUUAGUAACUGCAUCAGUGAUCACAAACCAUAAUAAGCAAAUUAUUUCACAAACCAUAUUACAUCAUAAUAAGCAAAUGACAUCACAAACCAUAUUAUAUCAUAAUAUAAGACUGUGAGAUCGCUAACCAUAUCAUAUCAUCAAAAGACAUAGGUCAUCAUGUAAGGCAGUGAAAUUACAAGCCAUAUCACAUCAAACUAGUGAGAUCAUAGACUACUUCACUUCGUCAUAAACCUUUGGGAAUACAAAACAUCUCAAUCCUCACAAGAAUCCAUGGCUGUGGUUCUAACUAUCUGCCUCCAACUUUCCCAUCUCAGGUAUCAGGUGGUGGCCCCCUGCCCCCAGUCAGCACCCUGACCUCACUGCACAGUCUGUCUGCCUCGGCUGCUCCCCACCAUGGACUCAUCAUGGCCUCCCUGCCCAGCGUCAUGAGUCUGGGAGAGUCCUCUCUCCUCAUAGGUAACCUAUUCUACACACAGUCCCAUCCACUCAAACGGUUCUAAGUCAGAGCAUAGUUAUUAUUAAACGGUCAUUUCAAAACAUAUCCACUGUAUUGCAUGAUGAUCAGAAAGUUGUCACAUAUAAACUGUAACUGACAUUAACAAAGCAGCCUAAUCCAUGUUUUCCUGGCCUAUAUUGGUCAACAGGUCAAACUGUACCUGUCAUCAACAACGUGGGAGGUGGGUUCACCACCCUUCAGCCAAUCUCAUUCCAGCAGCAGCUUCAUUCCACUUCCCAGCAGCAACUCACACAGCAGUUCCAGAGUCAUAUGGGCCACAGUCCUUUCAUGGCAACCAUGGCACAGCUUCCAUGCCACAGUAAGGCCACAGUGGCAGCAUGUUACUCCUUCAUUUGCCCUUUGACAGAAAUACCUUAUGUGAAACAAGGAAUGAGUGAGAGCAACUGAAUAGAACUGCUAGAACUAAGGAGGGUUUCAUAAAGUACCUCAGCGCCUGCUCUCAAUUUCUCCAUUGUAGUGUACAGCAAGUCUGAUAUGUCCCACUACCCUCCGUCCAGCCUACUGUCCCAAGCCAUGGUCAUCACUGACAGCAGCAGCCUUGGAACACUGACCAGUCUAACCACAGUCAGACAGGUACUGUGAUUCCAAACAUUCACCUAAAUGAAAGCGAUGUCAUUAAUAAUCAGUUGCACAAGUCAGAGUAUACAGGUACAGAAAAGUCUAGACUCACUAGCUAAUGAUCAGAAGUAGUAUUAAAUGUGGGUUGAAUCUGCUAAUGACUUUUGCAUUGGUUAGAUUCUGACCACAGACCCUGAGGAGCAGACAGACCAGCCCAUCCAAGAGGACUCCCUACACCUGCAGUCCCCUUCACCUGUGCCAGGUAAGAUAAAACAUGUUACUCUAAGUGUAGACUAUUUCCCUAAAGAUGCAGUUUCUUACACUACACUACAGGGGAGACUGAAGACAUCUAAAAAAGCUACUAAGUGUGUAACACAUAUUUCAAAGUCAUCUUAAUACAUCUAGAUAGUGGUAAAUAUAACCCAUGGUAUUCUCUAGUUGCCAGUCAAAAAAGGGCAUUUUAAAUGCAGGGUUGUAAUUGGAAUGACAGUAGAGAAACUGGAAACGAAUAACUUACCAUCUGUCUUUCUUAGUUUCCUCUGGGAACUUACAGCUGUAUCCUCCAUCUCAGUCUAGUGAAACUCAUCCACCUCACCGCCUCUCCUCUUCGCCAGCAGACAUCAACUCCUACAUUCCUGCACAGAUGGUCUCUACCGCACAGUAG